AUGAAUUUUGUGAAAUUUACUUACUCCAAGUUGUAUCCUGAGAGAGAAUUAGAAUGUCAAGUUAAUAAAGUGCAUAGUAAUAUAAAAGCACUUUUUAAUGAGUAUUACACCUUGUCAAGUUCAAGAGCUUCCAACAGUUGUGCAGCUCAAAAUUUGAGUGUUCAAAAUGGUGGGAAUUUUGCUGCCCAAGAAGGGAGUGAUUUUUUUCAGGAAUAUGUUGCAACACAGGAACGUGGUGGUAAUGUAUUAACUGACUUGUCAGAGUUAGAUGAAUAUCUUGGCGAGACGUACAGAGGUUGUCUAAAUUCACUAGACAUCCUAAACUAUUGGAAGAACCAUGAACAACAAUAUCCAGUACUUUCAAGAAUGGCAGGGGAUAUUUUGUCAAUUCCUAUUUCAACCGUCGCAUCGGAGUCUGCAUUUAGCAUUGGAGGAAGGGUGAUUGAUCGAUUUCGCAGUUCCUUAUUACCUGAAAAUGCUGAGGCGUUAAUAACAACUCGUGAUUGGGAAUAUGGAAUUGGAAAAGAAGAUAUGGAUGAGGACAAUGUGAUCGUUGAAGAAGAUAUAUUAGGAUUUGAACCUGACGCAGUGGAGGAUGGGGCAGUGGAGGAUGUGGAGGAAAUUCAUAUUGAAUAGUUGGAGCAACU